AUGACCAACGCUUCAUCCCUAGCCGCUCCCAAAGAGCUCUUCAUCGCUGAGCCGAUUGGUGGCUUUGGCGCUAACCACUCCACAACACCCUCACACGCGCUCUUGAACGGCGCAGCAGCAGGCUUGGCGGCGUCCGGGGCAGGCACCCCACCAAAGGCGCUCUUGAACGGCGCAGCAGCAGGCUUGGCGGCGUCCGGGGCAGACACGUCACCAAAGGCGCUCUUGAACGGCGCAGCAGCAGGCCUGGCGGCGUCCGGGGCAGACACCCCACCAAAGGCGCUCUUGAACGGCGCAGCAGCAGGCCUGGCGGCGUCCGGGGCAGACACCCCACCAAAGGCGCUCUUGAACGGCGCAGCAGCAGGCUUGGCGGCGUCCGGGGCAGACACGUCACCAAAGGCGCUCUUGAACGGCGCAGCAGCAGGCCUGGCGGCGUCCGGGGCAGACACCCCACCAAAGGCGCUCUUGAACGGCGCAGCAGCAGGCUUGGCGGCGUCCGGGGCAGACACGUCACCAAAGGCGCUCUUGAACGGCGCAGCAGCAGGCCUGGCGGCGUCCGGGGCAGACACGUCACCAAAGGCGCUCUUGAACGGCGCAGCAGCAGGCCUGGCGGCGUCCGGGGCAGACACCCCACCAAAGGCGCUCUUGAACGGCGCAGCAGCAGGCUUGGCGGCGUCCGGGGCAGACACGUCACCAAAGGCGCUCUUGAACGGCGCAGCAGCAGGCUUGGCGGCGUCCGGGGCAGACACGUCACCAAAGGCGCUCUUGAACGGCGCAGCAGCAGGCUUGGCGGCGUCCGGGGCAGACACGUCACCAAAGGCGCUCUUGAACGGCGCAGCAGCAGGCCUGGCGGCGUCCGGGGCAGACACCCCACCAAAGGCGCUCUUGAACGGCGCAGCAGCAGGCUUGGCGGCGUCCGGGGCAGACACCCCACCAAAGGCGCUCUUGAACGGCGCAGCAGCAGGCUUGGCGGCGUCCGGGGCAGACACGUCACCAAAGGCGCUCUUGAACGGCGCAGCAGCAGGCCUGGCGGCGUCCGGGGCAGACACCCCACCAAAGGCGCUCUUGAACGGCGCAGCAGCAGGCUUGGCGGCGUCCGGGGCAGACACGUCACCAAAGGCGCUCUUGAACGGCGCAGCAGCAGGCUUGGCGGCGUCCGGGGCAGACACGUCACCAAAGGCGCUCUUGAACGGCGCAGCAGCAGGCUUGGCGGCGUCCGGGGCAGACACCCCACCAAAGGCGCUCUUGAACGGCGCAGCAGCAGGCUUGGCGGCGUCCGGGGCAGACACGUCACCAAAGGCGCUCUUGAACGGCGCAGCAGCAGGCUUGGCGGCGUCCGGGGCAGACACGUCACCAAAGGCGCUCUUGAACGGCGCAGCAGCAGGCUUGGCGGCGUCCGGGGCAGACACCCCACCAAAGGCGCUCUUGAACGGCGCAGCAGCAGGCUUGGCGGCGUCCGGGGCAGACACGUCACCAAAGGCGCUCUUGAACGGCGCAGCAGCAGGCUUGGCGGCGUCCGGGGCAGACACGUCACCAAAGGCGCUCUUGAACGGCGCAGCAGCAGGCUUGGCGGCGUCCGGGGCAGACACGUCACCAAAGGCGCUCUUGAACGGCGCAGCAGCAGGCCUGGCGGCGUCCGGGGCAGACACCCCACCAAAGGCGCUUUUGAACGGGGCAGUGCCCGCUGGCAUGCUA